UCAGUAUAACAGCUCGGUCGAUCUAUUGUUGCGUUAACUAGCAACGUGAAAAUAUAUUUUAUUUGAUUUAUUUAGAAAUAAACGACAGUUAAUAAAUUAGAUCAGACAUUGUACAAUUUUAAGUAGGAUUGACUGUGUAUACAUUUGGAAAAAUCGAUCGUUACGAUAAGUUAAUUGGGAGUUUCUUCAGUCCUGUUCCUUGUUUCUGGGCGGAACGAUAAAGGGUCGGAAUACAAAUAGCCACGUAGGGGCUAGGUAAGGCUGUCGUUUGAAAGGGAAGGCUGUGUUAUGUCCUUGUAGUCGGUGUCAGCGGCGUCCAUCUUGUCUUCCCGUGGGCGAGGCCAGGCUGUGUGAAGAUGGUGUGAGGGCGUCGGCCGCACUUCCCCCCCACCGAGCCCACCCCCCCCCCCCCUGCUCAGGGGCGCUGGCGGAGUGCCGUCUGAAAGCAGCGCUUUGUGACUGACGCAGGAAGUGGCGCAGCAGCCGCCGGCGACGCCGCGCGAUGGAGACCGAGGCUCAGGCGCGAGACGCGGCACCGCCGCAGACCAAAGAGAGCGCCGUCGCCGAUCCCGCCGUCAACGGCUCCGCCUUGGAGGGGCCGGCGGAGAAGCCCGCGGCAGCCGGGGACACGCCGAACGGCCCUGUCAGAGCGGACGCGGUGCUGAACGGAGACGCGGUGGCGGUCGGCCCGGGCGGCGAGGCGAACGGGCCCCUUCCCCCGCCCCCCUCCCCAACCCCCCCCUCCCUCAGCCCCCCCGCCAAAGAGCCGGCUCCAGGUGCGGCCUGCCCCCCUCUUCCGCUAGGGCGGUCUCAGGGAGAUAGCGCUGAGGGCUCUGUUCACAGGGGGGACGCACUGCAGUCUCUCAGGCAAAGCAUACCUAUGCAGGAGACUGAACUGUCCUCUCUGGAGCCCUCGAUGGAGCUGGAGAACGAGGAGCAGAUCCGCCGGGCCGCGCGGCGGCGUCUCGAGGAGCAGCUCAAGCAGUACCGCGUCCAGCGCCACCAGGAGAGGAGGUCACAUCACUCCACCCCUAAGAGCCGGCAGUUCAGCACACUGGACCCGGAGCUGAUGCUGCACCCGGAGGCCCUGCCUCGGGCCAGCACCAUGUCCAUGACCAAGGAGUACUCCUUCCUCCGCACCAGUGUCCCGCGGGGGCCAAAACUGGGCAGCCUAGGCCUGCCCCCAUCCGCCAGGGAGAAGAAGCCCUCCAAGUCCUCCCACUCCGGAAAGAUCCACUCCCUGGCGGACUACAAGACCCCCGAGUCGGACAGCGGGGCGGGGAGCUCGCCGGCGGGGGCCAUUGCCGUGACGGCCAGCUCCUCCUCCUCCUCCUCCCUGGGGGGAUCGCUGCAGGUCAACGUGAGCGCGUCGUCGACCGUGUCGGAGGUCAGCGUGACCCCUGACCCCGUGGUGGAGCGCUCGGAGUCCUUCCUGCUCCUGGGGGACAGCGUGUCGGAGGUGGACGGCAGCGAAUCGGGAGCCCGGCUCGACGGGAACGACAGCGACAGCUCCUCCUACAGCGGCGUCUCGGCCGCUAGGAGUUACGGGACGCUGGCCGCGGCGGUGGGGGUGGGUCAGAGGGCGCUCCCUUACACGGUGGACGGCCGAGAGAUUGCCCCGGAGGCUGUGGGGCACUUCCCCUCCCUGCAGGAGGUGCUGCAGGCAGCCAAGGAGGAGCGGCACCUCCUGGAGCUGGAGCAGGAGCAGGAGCGGGAGGAGGAGGGGAACGGGGAGCCUCGCAGUCGGAGGGACAGCUUCUCCAGCAGUAUCUCCAUGGGAAGCUCCGUAAUGGGGACCCAUGAUGACCUGCUGCAGGCCCUGAAGGAGAAGAUGAGGCUGGAGGGACAGCUGGAGUCCCUAUCGUCAGAGGCUAAUCAGGCCCUGAAGGAGAAGACGGAGCUCCAGGCCCAGCUGGCCACGGUCAACGCCCAGCUGCAGGCCCAGUUGGAGCAGGCCCAGGCCAGCCACGAGCGGCAGUCCUCCCUGACCUCGGAGGUCACCACCCUGCGGCUGAACACCUCCCAGCUGGAGAGGGACAUGCUGGAGCUCCAGGGCAGCCUGGAGAGCAGGAACGCCAGCCUGGCCUCCCUGGGCACAGACCUGCAGCUGGCUGAGGAGCAGUACCAGAGGCUGAUGGGAAAGAUGGAGGAGAUGCAGCAGACUGUGGCGUCCAGGGACAAGUCAGUCCAGGAGCUGCGUGAGCAGACGGGCAGUCUCCAGGCGCAGCUGCAGCAGGUCCAGGUGGAGCGGAGCACCCUCCAGGCCCGGCUCAAGACCUCGCAGGCCCAGAUAGACUCCCUGCAGCAGGUCCGCCUCUGGUACCAGCAGCAGCUGGGUCUGGCCCAGGAGGCCCGGGUUCGACUGCAGGGAGAGAUGGCCAACAUGCAGGUGGGGAAGAUGACUCAGAUCGGAGUGAUGGAGCACCUGAAGCUGGAGAACGUGAGCCUGAACCAGCAGCUCUCCGAGACGCAGCAGCGCUCCAUGAAGGAGAAGGAGCGCAUCGCCGUGCAGCUGCAGAGCAUCGAGGCUGACAUGUUGGACCAGGAGACAGCCUUCCACCAGAUCCAGGACGCCAAGUCCAUGGUGGAGGAUGACCUUCAGCGCAAACUGGAGGAGUUCGAGGAGGAGCGGGACCACCUGCAGAAACUCGCCGAUUCGGCCUCCGCCCUGGAGAGGGAGCUGGAGCAGGCGAAGCUGACGCUAUCCCAGAAGGACGUGCAGCUGGAGUCGCUGCAGAAGGAUCACCUUGAGCUGAUGAGGCAGCUGACGGGCGCCCAGGAGAGCCUGCACACCAAAGAGCAGUCCCUGAACCAGCUGGAGGCCCGCUACCUGGAGCUGGAGGCCCAGCUCGACGAGCUCCAGACCGACACCACCGCCAAGGACGACGAGAUCCAGUACCUCCGCAACGAGAAGAUUGUCCUGGAGGUGGCGCUGCAGGCCGCCCGGGCUGAGAAGGAGGUGCUGGACGAGGGGGCGCAGCAGCUCGGGGAGGGCGUGCUGGUCGCCUCCGACGUGCUGGACGACCUCCGGCAGGAGGUGCAGGUGAAGGCCUCGCAGAUUGAAACCAUGCAGCAGGAAAACGGCACAUUGAAGAAGCAAGCGCAGAAGUUGAAAGAGCAGUUUAUGCAGCAGAAGGUGAUGGUGGAGGCCUACCGGAGAGACGCCAGCUCCAAAGACCAGCUGAUCAGCGAGCUGAAGGCCUCCAAGAAGCGGCUGGUGUCGGAGGUGAAGGGCCUGAAGCAGUCGCUCUUGGAGGCCCACGGGGGGAGGCAGGCAGCCGAGCUGGAGCAGGUCCGGCUCCAGAAGGAGGUCUCCAGGGUCCAGGACCAGAUGAGCACCCUGGAGGCCCAUCUGCAGGCGGUGCAGAAGGAGAGGGACCUCCUGGAGACCCAAAUUCAGUCGGUGCAGUUUGACCAGAGCCAGCUCGCGGCUGUGACCGAGGAGAACGAGGGACUGAGGACACAGGUGGAGCAGAUGCAGGAGGAGGCCAAGAAGGCCAUCUCGGAGCAGAAGGUGCGGAUGAAGAGGCUGGGGACGGAUUUGACCAGCGCGCAGAAGGAGAUGAAGGCCAAGCACAAGGCCUAUGAGAACGCGGUGGGGAUCCUCAGCCGCCGGCUCCAGGAGGCGCUGGCCGAUAAGGAGAGUGCCGAGGCGGAGCUCACCAAACUCAAGGCCCAGGCUUCAGAGGGUGGGAAUAGCCAGGCCCUGCAGGAGAGGAUAGACGCCCUACAGGCGGAGCUCCAGACUGUGUCUCAGAGCAAGGCCCUGCUGGAGAAGGAGCUGCAGGAGGUCAUCUCCCUCACCAGCAACGAACUGGAGGAAUACCAGGAGAAGGUCAUGGAGCUGGAGGACGAGCUUCAAGAGUCUCGGUGCUUCAAGAAGAGGAUUCGCCGUCUGGAGGACGCCAACAAGAAGCUGGCACUGGAACUCGAGCACGAGAAAGGGAAAUUAGCCGGGCUCGGGCAGUCCCACAAUGCACUGCGAGAGCAUUCCAACAUCCUGGAAACCGCGCUGGCCAAAAGGGAAGCGGACCUGGUGCAGCUCAACCUCCAGGUCCAGGCUGUGCUGAAGCGUAAGGAGGAGGAGGACCAUCAGAUGAAGCAGCUGGUCCAGUCCCUGCAGGCCGCUCUGGAGAAGGAGAGGGUCAAAGUGAAGGACCUCAAAGAGCAGGUGGCUGCAGCCAAGGCGGAGGCAGCACACAACCGCCGGCACUACAGGGCAGCCAUGUUGGAGCUGAGCGAGAUCAAGAAGGACCUGCAGUCCAAGGAAGAGCUGGUCCGAGCCCUGCACUCCGAGGCCCAGAAACUGCAGGCCCAGGAUGAGAGGCACUCGCAGGAGGUGUCUCAGUUCCAGGAGGAGCUGGCAGAGGCGCACUCCCAGCUGCACCUCCUACAGAAGCAGCUGGAGGAGCAGCUCGCCAAGCAACCGCUGACCAAUCAAGAGGUGGAGGAUCUGAAGUGGGAGGUGGAGCAGAAGGAGCGGGAGAUCGAGGCUCAGAAGCAGCAGCUGGAGAUGGCUGAGCAGUGCAGCCUCAAGGAGCUGGAGAGUCUACAGACAGCCCUACAGGGAAUCAAGGCAGAACUGGAGGUUGUUCAGGAGGAGCUCAGCGGAACCAGGAAGGACAAGUUCAUCCUGCAGGCCAAGGUGGCUGAGCUGCGCAACAGCAUGAAGACCCUGCUGCAGCAGAACCAGCAGCUCAAACAGGACCUCAAACAGGGCCGCCUGAGGAAGCGUAUGGAGCUGAAGGGAGACUCCAACGCCUCCAGACCGGUCACGCCGGUCAAGAUCCCUGACUGCCCGGUUCCUGCCUCCUUAUUGGACGAGCUGCUCAAGCCUUCCGCGUCCGUCAACAAGGAGCCGCUCAACAACCUGCACACCUGUCUGCAGCAUCUGAAGCAGGAAAUGGACUGCCUUCAGAAGCAGAUGGAGGAACACACGGUCACUGUGCACGAGUCCAUGACAUCAUGGACCAAUGCAGAGGAGGAGCUUAUUAGACUGGGUGUCCAUGACAACGGCUCGGAUCCUCCAAUCACCGCUGAAAUGAACAGUGACGCUAAGGAGGAGGCGGAGCUAUCGUAACGAGUCGGGUGGCCUGUGACGGACUGUCUAGGAGGGUGGGGUCUCGUCCACCAUGGCACUUUUUGUUUUGUUUUUAUUAUUUUAAACUUUCUUUAAUCCCUCUUGUUUGUUACGUGCUGCUACAGAACACACUGAGCAUCGUCCCGUCUUUGCAGACUGUGCUCAAGUGAGGCAGACACUUUUUACCAUAGCUUUAUACUGUUACCGUAUUUCUAUCUGUGUUACUUUUAUUUAAUUAUAAUUUAUAAUCGAGCAUCGAUGGGCAUCAACUGUCAAAUUGGCAAAUUGCGUUGAAAAGUGGCAGCAGGCUUUGGGUGUAUUCUUGUCUUGCAUUGAAUAGUCGCAGAAGAAAAAAAAAAAAACAAAAGGCCCCACGAACACGACUUCAUUCAGUUUCAGAAUCAUAUUUUUCCCAUUUCGGUAUCUUCCGGUCAGAUUUUAGUUAUCGGUUUAUUUUAAACUAGUUUCCGUUUUCAUUUUCUUUCUCCUUCAAGAUGUCAUGGUGGUUCGAAACAGUCGUUGCUGUGUGGGGUAGCUGUUGCUAGGAGACACUAGCUUUUGCACACGUACGCCGGGCUACCCGUCUGCAGGCCCCUCCCAACUGUUCUUCCAUUCGCCUGUGCCUGGAAAUGGGCGGUGCUUGUCUGGGGAAAUGGGUGGAGCCGCUCUGACCCACCCGGCCAGCUGGGUGUGGACUGUGGCUCCAAUAACCCUGAGUCCGGAAGGUCAUGGCUCCUAACCCGGAAGGUCAUGACCCCUGACCUUUUACAGGGCCCAGCCUCGUCCGCCUUUUCAGGGUAAUGGUGUCGAAGGUUCUGUUGCGCUUCGUUAUUUGGACUACAGCUCCGUUCUAAGUAACGUCUAAAAUAGUAUUGCCCAUUGCGCUGCGCUACACUCUUCAGGUAGCGCCUCGAGGUGUUUGUUCUUCUGGUUUCUGUCGUAAAUUAGGGUUUGUGGUUUGACCUGGACAGUAAUAGUGAAAAUUAUGGCAGUGCCAUAAAACCAUAGUUGAGAGAAAUCUCCCAAUUUGCUGUUUUGGGAAGUUCGGCGUUUUGAACGAACCUGUGUAUUACAAUUUGAAAGAAUGUUUGCAAGGUGUGUAUAAAAUAGAAUUUUAUGAGAUGAGUGGGCAGGUUGACGACCCACUGUAAGAGUGUCUAAGUGUUAAGUUCUAUGUGGGAAAGACCUGCUGAUGUUGCACGGUAAAUGUCAGAGAGAAAAGAGCGAGAGAGUCGAUUAUCGCUUAAUGUUACUGCUUCUGUGAGUAUGGCUUACUCGCAUCCAUUAUGUCCUGGCUUCUUUUUCUUCUGUUUUAUUGUUGCUAUGCUUCUGUAUUUAAUGUAACGGUCUCCUGUCAAAGAUGCUGUUAAUUAUCGCGCUGUUCAUUCUCUGUCUCAUACAGCCUUAAUUAUAAUUUAGGAUAGGGUGUUCUCAACCUACUUGGCAAAAUUGAAAUAUCUAAAUAUAGAGAGUAAUAUACAGUGUAUCUUCUCUGUUAAUGUAGUCUAUUUUCUGUUAUUUAUAACUAUAAUGGUUAACUAUGGUUAACACUGUGAUUGGAAUGACAUUGGAGGGAGAAAAUUACUUGCCAGAGAAAUAUGACCUAAUUUGAAAGCAUAUUAUGGAAUGGAAAAUAAUUCAAUAUUAAAUGAGGAAAUGCUGAACUGAAAGUAAAAUCCUGUAUGUUUGUGGGUGGGGAAAACUGACAUUAAUGCUUAAAACAUUUAAAAUGUGUGGACUAUUCAUUGCUGAGGUUAUACCCUUGAAGGUUCAUUCUUGGUAAACAUUGGUUCUUACCUUGCGCUUUCUGUAAAGGGACAAAACUGACAUGUAAUCUGUAAUGCUUGCAACUGAAUGAAGGAAACUUUCAUAGUUGGUCGCUGGUGUUACCUUGGAGUAUAGCAUUUCUGCAACCUGCAGAAAUGUCAUUAAACAACUCUAAAUUAACACACACUGCUAUGUUUAAGAUCCACAUUACCUUUUGUUGUAACCUGUAUGAUUUAUAAAAUCUUUCACCUGGCUGCUUAACAGCAGCUUUGCAUAAGGAGUUGUGUGUAUUGUUGCUUCUGGUCUUCAGUUUUAGUUACUGUUAAUACUACUCACCUGUAAAUUCCAUUAAUUCAUUGCUUUUUGGUAAUGUUCAUUUUGAUAUGUACAAAUCAUAGUUGGAUAUUUAUGAUUAACGCCCUUUCUUAAAAAAUGAAUUGAUUUUUGAUUUUACUUUAGUACUGACGCUAAUUCUGAUCAGUAACAUUUUUCUGAACUGCAUUUAAAAAGUAAUGCCAUAGUUAACCUUUGGUCCUUUUAUACAAAUAAUGCUUGUGUUAAGGCCAGUUUUAAACUAUUGUCUGAAACGAAAUUACACUUCAUAUUUAGUUCCAGAAGUCUUGUUUCAGAUACUUUUCAUUUUUAUACAAAGAGUCGAUUUAGACACAGGCUUGGAUUCAUGCAAUGGUGUUCUUCAGUCUGUCAAAGUAUACUGAAUAUGUACUUGAUACUUUGUCAUUAAGUACAGCUGAAUACUGAAAAUAAACCAAAACGAAACUGCGUAAUGGGUAGUGUUCUAGUCCGUCCUGGUACAGUUGUCAGUUGGAGUAAUCAUUAAAAGGCAGGAUAUGACUGUACUAUGGUUCUGGUGUUAAUUGUAGUUACAUGGGUAUAGCGCACAUAGUUCAUUAAGCGUUUCUUUAAUCAUAACGGGUGAUUUAAAAACUAACCUUACAUGUAUGAUUUUGAUUACAUACACGGGUUUGGCUGACUGAGAAGUACAUGUACCUGUUAACGGCAUAAUAGCAUGUUGAUAAAUGGCAAACUAAUUUCUUGAAGUUAUGUGCAAUAAACUAUUUUUUGGUAAAUAA